AUGUGCAAAACAAGCGCUCCUGUGCGCUGGUACGCAGAGCGCAUGCGUCAAUGUUGCUGAAGGCCCGUGGCUAGCUAGCGUGCUAAUCCAACAUUCGGGACGUUACAGAGAUUUUCAUAAUAAAUAACCUCGUGAAAGCUGUUUUUAUCCGUUCGUACGCCACCUAAUUCUGGGUUGGUCCGGCUCACACCCAGCAUGUCAUUCCCCCCUCAUUUAAACCGGCCGUUGUUGCCACCUCCCGGGAUGCCCCAUCAGUUUGCUGGCUUCCCCUCAGGAACUCCAAUGAUCCCAGUUCAUGUCGGCAUCAUGACCCCCACCUCUGCAGUGAUGAUGCCUUCUAUGCAUGUGAUCAGUAAGCCUGCAAUUCAUAAAAAGGAAAUAUUGAGAGUCAAAGACAACAAUGAGAACAGCGGCCCCACCACCACAGUGUUUGUGGGGAACAUAUCAGAGAAAGCUUCAGACAUGCUGAUCAGACAGCUGCUCGCGAAAUGCGGAAUUGUUCUUAGUUGGAAGAGAGUCCAAGGAGCCUCUGGCAAACUUCAAGCCUUUGGGUUUUGUGAGUACAAGGAGCCAGAGUCCACAUUGCGAGCACUGCGGCUGCUUCAUGACCUGCCGAUUGGAGAAAAAAAUUUGUUGGUGAAGGUGGAUGCCAAGACUAAAGCUCAGCUGGAGGAGUGGAAGGCCAAAAAAAAGACCACGAAUGGGAAUAAGAAGGCUGAAGAUGGAGAUGAUGAUGAAGAGGUUUUAGAUGAGGAAACAAAGAAGAAGGAUCAGAUUAUUAAAGGUGCUAUCGAUGGAUUGAUGAGGGAAUAUGCAGCAGAACUCAACGCGCCUUCACAGGAUGAAGACUCUCAGCGACGAAAGAGGAAAAGGGAGAAAAAAGAAGAGGAUGACAUUAACACUAUUGAUAUGGAGGACGACAAGAGAGACCUGAUUUCCAGAGAAAUUAGUAAAUUUCGAGACACUCACAAGAAACUAGAAGAAGAGAAGGACAAAAGGGAGAAGGAGCGGCUGGAGUUCGAGCGGGAACGGAGGGAUCGGGAAAAAGAACGAGAGCGGGAAAGAGAGCGACGGGACCGCGAGAGGGAGAAGGAGCGUGAGAGGGAAAGAGAGCGGGCGAGUGACCGAGACAAAGACCGCGACCGCAGGACCAGAGAAAGAGAGCGAGAAAGAGACUGGGAGCGAGACCGAAGCCGCGACAGGACCCCAGAACCCAGCCGAUCCAGGGAGGUCAGUCGAGACCGAGACAGGGAAAAGAAACGAGACCAAGAAGAUGAAGAGGAAGCGUAUGAACGCAGAAAGCUGGAAAGGAAACUCAGGGACAAGGAAGCAGCCUAUCAGGAGCGUCUAAAAAACUGGGAGCUAAGGGAGAGAAAGAAGGCACGGGAUUACGCCAAGGAGGCCGAGAGGGAAGAUGAACGCAGACGGGAAAUGAUGAAAGAGGGCAAACGGUUGAAAGAGUUUCUUGAAGACUAUGAUGAUGACAGAGAUGACCCCAAGUACUAUAGGGGCAGUGCGCUGCAGAAGCGGCUCAGAGACCGAGAAAAGGAGAUGGAGGCAGACGAGCGUGACAGGAAGAGGGAGAAGGAGGAGCUGGAGGAGAUCAGACAGAGGCUGUUAGACGAGGGACAUCCAAACCCAGACGCAGAGCUACGCAGGAUGGAGGAGGAAGAGGAGGAGCGUCUGAGACAACCUCCCAUCGUUCAAGAGCCGGAGCCCGAGGAGGAACGGGAACGCCACAGGGGUUCAAGAGACCACCGGGACCGGAGACAGGAACAGGAAAGAGCAGAACCUCGAUCACGGCUCGCCCACUUAGAUGACGAGGUGGAGGAGGGUGAGGAAGAUGUUUAUGACAAUGAUGAAGAUAACCCCGACACAAAACCUUGCUUGAAGCCCACAAUGCGGCCAAUCACAGCAGCACCGUCAGUGUCGUCGGCUAGUGGCGGCGCGUCCCCCAACACACCCGGGGACGAGUCGCCCUGCGGCAUCAUCAUCCCCCACGAGAACUCACCCCCUGAGGCCCUGCCGCAGGAGGAACACCGGCCAAAGAUUGGCCUCAGUCUCAAACUGGGUGCCUCAGGAAGCCCCAGUCAACCCAACGUAGGUAAGAGGAAGAAGCUGCCUGUGGACAGCGUCUUCGACAAGUUUGAUGACGAAGAGACUGACGAACAGCCUCGCAAGCGGAAGCUGGUGCCCCUGGAUUACGACGAUGACAAGAGCCUCGAGGUGGAUGGGGCCGGGGGCCUCUCCAGCAUAAAGGGGGCCAACACAGAAGAGAAACGUAAACACAUCAAGAGCCUGAUAGAAAAAAUUCCCACAGCAAAGCCUGAGUUGUUUCAAUACCCGCUGGACUGGUCUAUGGUGGACACGACGUUAAUGGAACGACGCGUUCGGCCCUGGAUCAACAAAAAGAUCAUUGAGUACAUUGGAGAGGAAGAGGCGACGUUGGUGGACUUCGUCUGCACAAAGGUGAUGGCUCACAGUAUGCCACAGAGUAUCUUGGAUGAUGUUGCCAUGGUUCUUGAUGAAGAAGCUGAAGUCUUCAUAGUGAAGAUGUGGAGGUUACUCAUUUAUGAAACCGAAGCUAAGAAGAUUGGACUGGGGAAAUAAGCCAAACCACCGAAUGAAGAUCAACUGUUUUCUUUUCAUACAUUGUAUAUAACAGUGUAGCGCAAUUAUGUCACCCCGAAAAAAAGCGACGUGUCCAUACUAGUUCAGACUGUAACUGCAGAUUCUGCUCAUUCUCACAUUUGCACCAGUUGGUCAGGUUUAUUUUCCGCCCCUCUCUGUUUGCAGGUGCUGACUGUGUCGGUGUGCUUUCGUGUAUAUACGUAUAGUACGUCAUUAUUUGACUAUGAUGAAAUAAUUCUCAGAUGAAACUGCGGACUGGCACCCAGGACCAUUGUUGUGUUGCCAGAUAAGCUGUCUUGUUCCUAUAAUUUUAUUUGUAUACAUGCCAACAGACUUUUUGGGAAGAGCCAUUUGUAGGAUUGUUAUGAGCAAUCAAACUUUUUUUUAAGUCUCUAUGGUGUGUUUUUAAAAACAAAUUAGACUUGAGAGUAUGCAUUACUACAACAAGGAUGUGAUCUUUUUUACAGGAUUAUUUAUCUAGGGUUUUGGACACAUCUACGGUUUAUUUCUGUUGAGUUUAUUCAGGGCAGUGUUCAUUGACUCAGAUUUAAUUUGUUGGCAAGUAGACGACUUCAAAGAGCACCUAGUUAUCAAUUGCCAUUUCUACUUACAUACCAAAAUAUAUUGGAUGGGGACAUCCCUGCAGCUGUAAACACACACACACACACACACACACACACACACA